AUCUAUAGUUGGUUUAAACCUGCAUUGGAGUGGAACUGUACUAACAAUGAAACUGGCAAUGUUGUCCUGGAUUACUUGGGUGAUGCUUCGGAGCAUCGCAGAGGCUCAAGUUCCAGAUCAACCCGAGGCUAUGGGUGCCGCCCAAGGGGGCUUGGGCGCAGCGGCGGGGGCGGGCGGACAAUUUGGAGCUCACGGCGGCGGAGCGGCUAAAGCCGUUGAGGACGGACCUGGAGCUGGGAUGGACGUCGGCAUUGGAGCGGGCGCCGAGGUGGGUGGGAGUGCUCGUGCCGGAGGCGCUGGACGUAGACGCUAGGGACGUCUCUUAUGUCAGACAUUUCAUAAACUUGUUUUUCUAUUUGUUCUUACACUUACACUUGUGCAUUGGAAAUACCUCCUAGAAGAAGAAAGCCGACAGUACAGAGCUUUAAUUAAUUACCGCUGCUUUGUUAAAAAAUGUCAAAAUUUGUUUAUCGCACACUCCGCACACUUGUCGGCGCCAGAUUUUUUUCCGGGAGCUCAGUGUCAUAAUUGAUUCGAAAUAGCGGUGCUCCGCAACGUAAUGGGUCACACGCACUCGACACUCACUUUAAAUAAAUGCGAAACAAAUC